AAUAUGGAACCGUGUCGAACACUUGAGUUGAUGGGUCAUUGUCAUCUUGAAGCUAAAAGAAAAAAAAACUAUUGCAAUCUUCAUUUGGGUGUGUUUUAUUUCUUGAGAAAUUACAAUUUUAAUUCGCUGAAAAGACACUUUGGACGCAUGAUAUCAAUUCUGCGGUGUAGGUGAAGUAUCUGCAGCAAGGAGUUGUUUAGUAAAUUUAGAGAAAAAAAAUCGCGUGAUUGGUUCUUUUUUCCCAACAUCUUCGAGAUGGAUGAUGUUAUUAGUGAUCAGGAUAAGGUGAGGAUUGCAUCGGAUUUUAUUCUUCACGCACCACCAGGUGAAUUCAAUGAGGUAUUCAACGAUGUCCGGGAGCUCCUUAAGAAUGAUGCACUUCUUAAGGAAGGUGCUUCAGCUGCAUUUGCCCAAUACAACAAAGAUCAAUUGACACCCGUGAGACUGGAGAAUGCCGAUCAUUCAGGACUCAUAACAGAAUUCAAUGAUCUCGGUGGUGGGCGUUUCUUUGAUCAACGCUCAAAGCAGUCCUUUAAGUAUGAUCACCUGAGGAAAGAGGCUUCGGACUAUCAGGCCUACGAGUCAGAUAGUGUUUCGGAACCAUGGCGAAGUGCUUUGGAUACUGAGGCUCUCAUUUAUACGGCAACACACUACCGGCAUGGGAUAUGUGCUGUCUUCAGUCGCAGUCAAGGGGGGCAAGUGACAAUGACGCUAUGCAUCGAGGAUCAUCAGUUCCAACCGAAAAACUACUGCAAUGGCCGAUGGCGCUCACAGUGGACGGUAACCUUUGCACCGGGAACGGGAAGUGCUGUAGCCGAACUCAAGGGUAUCCUCAAGGUGCAAGUGCACUAUUACGAGGAUGGGAAUGUACAACUUGUAUCAUCCAAGGAAUGCCGUGAGUCGGUCAUUGCUACAAAUCCCGUGGCAACGGCUAAAGAGAUUUGUCGACUUAUUGAGGAGGCGGAAAAUGACUACCAAACUGCCAUCUCGGAAAACUACCAGACUAUGUCUGAUACAACAUUCAAGGCGCUCAGGCGCCAACUUCCGGUUACACGGACCAAAAUUGAUUGGUCAAAGAUUAUUUCCUAUCGAAUUGGAAAAGAACUUACACAAUAAUCUUAUUGUAUUACAUUUUUUACUUUCAUUUGCAUUUCUUUUUUUUUUGUUCAAAAAUAACGAACCCACUUUUAAUGGGUCUGCAUUACCCAGAGAGAGAGAAAAACCAAUUAUGCUCCUAAAAUUCAUUGAAAAUUUUAUAGUGAUUACAAAGAAAAAAAAACCUCCCCCAUUCACUUUCCGUCGUAGUUCUGUAGCAGUUUAGAUGAUGAUGAUCAGUCUUUUCAAUAUACGAAUUGAUUAUAAUUUUUUAGAUAAAUCUUUAUAAUAUAGUUAAAAUCAUUGAUCAUAUAGGAGAAGGAAGAAAAUUAAAAAAAAAAAUAACUAAAAAGAAAAUAAAGGCAAAAUUAUGAAAACCUUAAAUCAAUUAGGGUGCUGAAAUUGUAAUUAUAAAACUUUUUUAUUUUCAAAUUUAUACUUUCUUUAAAGGAGAAAAAAGAAGCAUGUUUUGAGAAUUAUCCUUUCUCCUUAGAAGGAAAACAUGAGAAAAAACCUUUAUUUAUGUAGUCCUAAGUCCUGAGAAAAAAAUUGUAAGAAACUGUCCCAUACUGGAGCACGAAGACAGUUUUUUUUUAUAAAAAAAAAAGAAGUUUUAUUAACAAAGUCCAAUUUUAAUUCGCGUAUUGUAAUGCUUUUGGCAAUCAAUAUAAUUUUUUCAGUAUGUACUACACUUUCAAAAAUUUUGUUAAAAACACUUUUUAUAAAUAAUUAUUACAACUUAUAUACAAAUAAAUGAAUAAAAUAUCAAAAA